AUGGCAACUCCUUCGUCGACUUCAACCAGUCCCGGAAAGCGCGCGAGCACAUCGAAGCUUCUCAAUGAUUAUCAACUCGGGGACUCUCUUGGAAAGGGCGCGUUUGGUCAAGUCUACCGGGCACUUAACUGGGCCACUGGUGAGACCGUGGCCGUGAAGGAAAUACAACUUAGCAACAUACCAAAGGGAGAGCUCGGGCAGAUAAUGUCCGAAAUCGACUUACUAAAAAACUUGAAUCACCCUAAUAUCGUCAAGUACAAGGGCUUCGUCAAGACCAGGGAGUACUUAUACAUUAUUCUUGAGUUCUGUGAAAAUGGAUCAUUGCAUAAUAUCUGCAAACGCUUCGGUAAAUUUCCGGAGAACCUGGUAGCGGUCUACAUUUGUCAAGUCCUGGAAGGGCUCGUAUACUUGCACGACCAAGGUGUCAUCCAUCGUGAUAUAAAGGGCGCGAAUAUCUUGACUAAUAAGGAUGGCUGUGUAAAGCUUGCUGACUUUGGAGUCGCUAGCUCUACUACAACUGGGGCCAUUCAUGAUGAUGCCGUUGUGGGCAGUCCCUAUUGGAUGGCACCUGAGGUUAUCGAGCAAUCUGGUGCAACUACAGCGUCAGACAUCUGGAGCGUUGGUUGUGUAGUUAUCGAACUUCUUGAAGGCAAGCCUCCAUAUCACUUCCUCGACCCCAUGCCUGCGCUCUUUCGGAUCGUUCAGGAUGACUGCCCUCCUAUUCCCGAUGGUGCUUCACCGAUUGUCAAGGAUUUUCUACUUCACUGUUUUCAGAAGGACUGUAACCUCCGAAUCUCAGCCAAGAAAUUACUCCGUCAUCCUUGGAUGAUAUCUGCAAAGAAGCAGAUGAACAUGGCCGCGGGAAAUGGACAGAGGUCUCCAGAAGGCGGGCCGCAAUCAUUCCCUGACAGCAGGAGACCCAAAAGCAACUAUAACUACGACGAGGCUGUCCUCAAGGUACAGGAAUGGAAUGAAGCCCUUAAAUCCCCUACACGACCCACGAAGAAAAAUUGUCGUAACUCCGUCUCUGAAGGCCAACCACCAUCCCCGACCCGUGGCGGUCGAGAUAAACCUGCGGUGUCACUCCUUCAGCAUUCAGUCCUUGGUCUCCAGGCUUCGACCUCUGGCAACUCUGUUCUCAAAGGACCCAAUAUUGCCCCGGGAAAGCCUUCUGCCCCCGUCGCUCUAAUCGAGAAGAUUCGGGAGCCGCUAGCUUUUGUCCUUCAGCCUCCAGAAGAGCAGACAGACAACUGGGACGACGACUUUGAGGAUGGACCCUCAUUCACCAAAUUACAAGCCUCCGCCUUGGAGAAGACGUCCAUGGAAGAUGAAAAACCGGAAGGUGAUGAUAAUGCGCAGACCAUCAGACCAAAUCGUAGCCCAGCUGGCCCCGGGACAAUACCACUCGCAAGGGCACCGUCUGCCGAUAUUGUGCCCAUCGUCGAGGACUAUUCCGACAUCGCAACCGAGGAGGACGAGCUCCUACUUCAAGAGAAAGUGGCAGAUUUUAAGAUGAAGAAUUCGGUACGCAGGGGACUCUUUCAUCCUGACGAUAUCAAAGUGCUCGGACUCCUUUCUGGUUCUCCCGGUCCUAUGUCUGCACCCCUUCCUAGUUUGUCACGGAAAGCAUCUCGUCCGUCUCUCAGUCCUAUUUCUGGCAUGGGCCUACCACCUACAGGUUCGAUACGAUCACAUUCCCGCUCAUCUUCCUUUGUUGGAUCUAGUUCAAGUGCCUCCGGCUCUUUUGGUCGCGCAGAGGCAAAACGUGCAGCUAGCCAUGCCGAAUUUGGCAAGUAUGCUGAGGAGGAUGAUGAGGACUACGAUGAUAUCUUUGGAAAACCUGGGGGAACUACUCUCGAGCAGCCGAUGCAGACCUUGCAACUCAACACAAAAUUGUCAAACAAGUCAUGGGUAAGGCCUGUAUUUUAUUUCGGACAUUUUAUGGCGAUUGAUUUCAAUGCAGCUCGGAGACGAUUCGGACGAAGACGAUCCUUUCGCAGAGGCAAGUUUUUAUGCAUUGACGAGGGUUUUGCUGAGGAUGACCUUGAGACUAAUCUUCAACGCGACAAGAAUGCUCGGUUGUGCAACAUGGUGAACCAACUGAUCGAUGAACUAACACCCUCGGCACCUGACUUCCAACUGCGUGAUGCUUGUGAUCAACUGAUCAAUAUCAUGACAGAAAACCCAGAUAUGCUUGUGCAGUUGGUGUCUUCACAUGGUAUGCUGGCGAUUUUAGAGGUACUGGAAGGCAAGUGUUCCAGGGACGUCCUCAUGAAACUUCUUCGCAUGAUCAACUUAUUGGUCACAAGCGAUCUUGGGUUCUUAGAAAGCUUCUGCCUCAUCGGUGGGAUUCCGGUCAUGAUGGGUUUUACUUCAAAGAAAUAUUCCUCUGAGUGUCGCGUGGAGGCAUCCAACUUCAUCAGGUUACUCUGCCACACAUCUGUAUUGACGUUGCAAAUGUUUAUAUCAUGUCGUGGCCUGAAAGUUCUUGUCGAUCUGUUGGACGAGGACUACACAGAUCAGACUGAGCUCGUCGUCGACGCUCUCAACGGCAUAGGAAGCGUGUUCGAAUUGCAAACUCCAACGACUAAGAAUGACUUCUGUCGUAUGUUUAUUCGCGAAGGCCUCCUCGAUCCCCUCUCCUCCGCUUUGCUCAAUGUCAUGGGUAAUUCCAGUCCCAAUGCAAUCGAGAUGAAGCACAAGAUUAUACAGAUCCUUCUCGUAUUCUCACAAGUGACACAAAGCGAUAUUCACGUACGUAACGCCAUGGGGACUCGGAAGAUUGUCAGACGUUUAUUACGCGCGUGCGAGCUUCUGGAGAUGGAAUGCCUGGUUCAGAUGCUGAAAGCUGUGAAGCACUUGUCCAUGAAUGCUAAUCUGCUCGAGGUGCUUCAAAACACUAACGCCAUCGAGAUACUCAUCAAGCUACUGGAUGAAGAGAAGACCGGUCCUCAUAGCACGGAAGUGUCAAAUCACAUUUUCCAGACCUGUUAUAACCUCUGUCGGCUGAACAAGUCACGACAAGAGGAGGCGGCUCAAGCCGGCAUUAUUCCGUGCUUGAAGCGAGUAAUUGAGACCAGCUCGCCUCUCAAACAGUUUGCGUUGCCCAUUCUGUGCGACUUGGCUAGCGCGGGGAAAAGCUGCAGAUAUAUCCUUUGGCAACACAAUGGUCUCGCGCUUUACUUGAAGCUUCUAGAGGACCCAUACUUCCAGGUCAGCGCCUUGGAGGCGAUUCUGUCAUGGUUGCAAGAUGAAACGGCCAAGAUCGAAGAUGAGCUGGUCAGCUCUGAGUCUCUCGAGGCGUUGCUUAAGUGCUUCGUAACCGCAAAAGCCAACUCCUUUGAAAACCUCCUCGACCCCCUUCUCAAAAUCUGUCGUAUCUCCACCCCGCUCACCAUCGGCCUUGCCAAAUCUCAAUUCUUCAAGCGCAUCAUUGACAGGCUCAACCACAGCCGUGCGGUCGUUCGUCUCAACCUCUUGCGUAUCCUCCGGACCGUUUGCGACGUGCACCCAAACCGUGCAAUGUUGGUGGAACGCUACGGAUUGCAUGAAAUGGUCAUGAAACUUAGCAAGGAUGAUGGUGCUGUGUUGGUGCGCGAGCUGGCGAGAGAGAUUCUACCUGCACUAGCCCCUGCACUUAAACCGGUGGGCAACAGGUCUCUGCUCAAGGGGCAUGAUACUCCGAAAAGCGGUCUGAUAGCACCCAAGAAAGCCAGGCGGACAGCAUCGGAGACGUCUGCGAUGAUGGGACCAAACUCGUCGUUGCUGGGUCUUAGCAUGGGUCCCCCUCCAACAUCGAGGACAGGGAUAGAGAGGACGUACUCAUCAUCCAGGCAUAGACUUGGUGAUAUAUCUUGGCAAUCUCAUGGAGGACAAAGAUGA